AUCUCUUUUAUCCUUCUUUCUCUGUAUUCAUAUCAAGAUUUCUUCAUAGUUGAUUCUGAUCUGAUUAUUGUUUGUUUUGUUUACGAUUUUACAAGAAAUAUAUAUUCAAUCUCUGUAUUUUAUAAUCCAAAAUCAAAUUCCUUUUUGAUUUUAUUUUAGGUUACUUUUUGAUUUUUUUAUAUCACAGGUAACAAUAGAUUCACAAGAUAUGGAUGUGCUAGAGGUUAGAGCAUAAAUCAGACGUGAUUUAAAGUUUGUUCGUUGUCUCUGUUUAGUUUGAUUUGGGGUUUCUUAUUUGCUACUUAUUGCAACGUUAUUCGGUUUUGCAGCCGACGGUUUUGCAAUUACUAACUAACAAAAUUUUUCCUCUAUUUUUGCUUUAUUAGUUUCUCUUACUUGAUCUUGCAUUUUGUUUUUUUGAUGAUCUUAUUUUGUUUAUUUUUGAUUUAUCUAAUUGUGUUUUAAUUUUGUAGGUGAGGGUUAAUCUGUCAGAACCAAACGGUAGACAGGGUUUGCUUUUUAUCUUCAUUCUGCUUUGAUUCUAAUUUUGUCCUAAAUUUUAAGUUGUGUUUUUGGAAUUUUUUUUAUAAAAGGGUCCAUUCAGUAUCAGGAUUGGUAUGUGUGACAUUAUGAUUGGAUUUUUAUUUCAUGGAUUAUGACAGAAGAAACACAAAGUACAAUAAGGAUACAAUAUCUCAAAUUCUGAGAUAAAAUGUACAAUAGAAGAUGAAGCAAUUGUCCAAGCUGAUCCUUUAUGGAUGAUAAACUUAUGUUAAGAGAACAACUGCAGUUAUACUAAUCAAAGGUGUUGUUAUGUUUAUAACGAAAAUUAUUUGAUUUAGUGUAGUUGGAUAAAAAAAUGUAAACCAAAAAAUUACAUUACUGUCUGACUAUUUUUGUUUUUGGUGCUAGACUUUGUUAUUUUCGAUUUGCAACUGAUGGUCAUCUUUUAGGCAUAGAAUGGACUGUGAGUCAUGGAUAUACAGAUGGAGGUUAUGACAGGGUACAAUUCCGAGUUGGAGUAUACCAUUCUUAUUCCAUUGCCACGGCUUGCAAAAUAUGACACUCUAAAAAGGGGAGCAAUAAAAUUGGAACUACCUUGUUCUAAGAAUACUGCGAAUAAUUGAGUAAUAAUAACAGCAGACCCUGAGCCAAAUUGGAAUUUAGAUUAUUUAUUAUCUGAAUUAAAUUCCUUAGAACUUAAACUAAAUGGCACUUCUUCAACUUCAUCUUCCUCUUCUAACCUUAUUGUACCUUUUACUAAAAAACAAGUACACAGUAAGAAAGUGGUUAGUAGAAGUAGUCAGAGGCAGAGGGGUUUUGUGAUGAGAGUAUCUGAAGACGAUGAUUAUGAUUACGAUGAUGAUGGGGUUAAUGAUAGACAGUUAGUUACAACUGGCAGACGAUUCUCUUUUACUGAUUCCAGUGACUCAGGGAGCUCUGGGGAUGAUGACUCAGUUAUAUAAGAGAAUCAGAUGCAAUUGAUGGGUCGAGUCGGACUGCUGGAUGGUGUUUUAGCUGAAUCGGAGCAUGAACGCCAUCAAGAGAUUAAAGAGAAAGUCAGGAACAAAGUGAAAUCCUUAGAAACUGAUUUGAUGCAUGUGUAUGAGAGGUCAUCUUCUGCACUCAGCCAGGUUGAAAAGGAUAGAGAUCAUAAAAGGGAGCAAGACAGUAAAAUAGAUAUGCAUCAUUGUCGCACAGUAAAAAAGGGAGAACCACUUAUUAAUCAUGAGCAAAAAUCACAAAUUGAAGAGCGGAAAAUACAAAAUGCUGCUGCAUAUGAGGAAGCUAGAAGAAAGGAACAAGCUUUCCGUGAAGAGAAGAUGCGCCAGGAAAAAGCUAAAGCGGAAUCUGAGGCUGUGAAAAAUAGGGCUGAAGAAGCACGAAAGGCAACAACUUUUGAACCAGAAAAUCGGAGAGCUAAAGAGGCUGCAGAAAAAGAAGUCACGGAGAAUGCAAAAAAGGCAAGUGAAGAGACACAAAAUAGGGAAGCUGGUCAAACACUAAAAGAUGUAAACAGGAGUGAACCUGGUAGAUAUGGAUCAAAUAUUUCACCAUCUGCAGGUAGUUUAGUUAGGGCUGUCGAUAGUGCUCUACGAGUAGAGGUUGAAAGGCUUCAAAAGUUUAAGAAGGUUGGUGAAAAUAACCAGGCUUUCAGAUUGAGUCAUCAUCAGGUAGUUUGUCUUACAUGGUCUGAAGGAAGGUUGGGCAUGGAUUGCCAGGUUGUUGAAUUCACUCCCAGCCAACAUAUACACGGCAGUAGCUCUGAACAGUUUCCUGGAAAUGACAGGUUUUGCACUCUUCAAGACAUAAAAAACUCAGUUCCGGAAGAUACUUAAUAUCAUAUCUCGCCACUUCCUGGGUGCCUUGGAAUCAAAACAAAAUCCAAAGCUGAAUCCAAUCAUCAUGAAACUUAAAACUUAUAUCGACACAAACCAAUUCCUCGAGGAACCAGAAGGGUGGCUUUUGAAAACUUCUUUAUUGUCUGAGAUGGCUAUGCCAGAGGCAAAUUACAGUCCUCAACAGAACUACCAUUCUCAACAAAAUUACUAUCCUCAACAGAAUAGACAAUAUCGCAACUAUUGAUUCAUAUCAAUUGUCGUUGUCCAAGAGUUUGAAGGAAAUGUAUCAAACAACUGUAACAUUCAAUUAUUUUUCUUUGUUAGCAAUCUUAUGUUGUAUCUAUUAUUAUUAGUUCUCUUGUAUUACCCCCAUAUCUGAGUGGUAAAAUUUGUUAGGAGAGCAGUAGAUGGUAAAAAACUAAAAACUGUUAUUAUGAAAGCAGUAGAAAAACCAAAAAGCUGCUUCUAUUGAAAGCCUACAAUUUUUUCAGUCUUAGCAUACAUACAAUGUACCAGUAAAGAAUAAAUAAUAAUAUUGAAACUGAUCGGGGGUUUCCUUCGGAAUGUAGAACGAUCCACAUCCUUCCAGAAUGAUUUAAUAGGAAGCUAAAAGAUCCUCAAAGACCCUCAUAAUUUGUUUUCCCCCA